AUGAAAAAAGCCUGAAAAGAAAAAUGACAAGGAACAAAAAGUAAUGAGAAUAAGUUUUGUGGCAACUAUUCAUUAGAUGUCACUUUUUCACUCCUCCACUUAGACCGGUACAGUUGAACGCAAAAUGUGAAAACUUACGAGAAAUUGUGUGCAUCCCUUAGUGCAGUGACAAUAUCCCCCACAAAACCAGUGAUAUUUCUUUGACUGGAGGUUAGUUCAAUAAUUUUGAAGGCUGGGAUUAAUUUUAAUGAGGGAUGAGAGGGUGGAAGUGACUGGAGUAUAGGUUAAUAAUUCUACCAGCUGGAAAGGAUUUUGAGGGUCAGAGGAAAGUGAUUGGAUAUUAGCUUGAUAAUCGUGCUUGGUGAGAUUAAUUUUAGUGAGAGACUAGAUGGUGGGAGGAUGAUAUUUAGAGGUUAGUUUGGUAAUUUUGCCAGUUGGUAUUAAUUUUUAGUGAGGGAUGAGGGUGUCAGAAGAAUGUGACUGGAGGUUAGUUUAAUAAUUCUGAGGGUGGGAGGAAAGUAAUAGGGGGUUAGUUUAAUUUUGGUGAUGGAUGAGAGUGUGAGUGGAAAGUGUAGCUGACCACAUAAUUUAUCAAAUAAUACAAGCAUGUACACAUUCUUAAUAAUGUUCCAUGUUAAGAUAUACUAAACAUGAAGUUACUCCACAAUAUAUGAUGGUGUAAAUUACGAAUGGUUAAAGUCAAGACUUGUUUGAUGAUGGCCUGUUUGCUUGCUCCCCUUGGACGUGCGGCAAGUGCAGCAGCGUUCGACCGUUUCUCUAGGGGCAAGCGACACCUCCUGGUGGGGGACUUCAAAUCUGCUGUGGCUGCCUUCGAGGUGUGUCUGUUGCUUAGGAGGCAACAGAGUCCCUGGUGGAGCUGUGUGGGGAGCAGGCGCCCGAGUGUGGUGACGCGUACUGCCGCUGUGGCCGUGCAUUGCUGGAGCUGGCACACAAGGAGGCAGGGGUGCUGGGGCCAGAUCUGGAUGGUGCCAGUAGUCAGGAGGGAAGCACAGGGGAAGAGGAGGACGAGGAGGAAGAGAGUUAAGAGUCACAAGAGGAGGAGGAAGGUGGAAAGAAAGAGGAAGGAGAGGAGGAGGAGGAGGAAGAUGGGGAAGGAAAGGAGAAAGAUAAGAAGGAAGGAAAUGCCGCAGAAGGAGAAGAGCAAUAAGAAAUUAGAAUUGACAGAGAAACCAGACAAGGGACUGCAUUUGAAGAAGCACAAGAACCAAGAAAUUUACAUAGCUUUCAUUUUGGUUUACAUUCUGAAAGGUACAGAUACCAAGGGGAAAUUGCUGGGUCAAGUGGCUACACUGACAUCUGAGGUUAGCAGGUUGGAGAGUGAGUGCAGCAGUCUUCAGGUUCAGCUAGACUGUGAGAGGGAUAAGUAUAACAAACUGCUGGGAGAAUCUCUUGCUCAUGAAAAGUUGUCUGAAGAUGUCAUAACUGAACCAAAGGAGAAACAACAGGAUUGGGAGGAACUGAGCUUUAACAGAAGCUGCAACAACUGCAGGAGGCUCACAGGGUCCUGGAGAGCAGGUUAACUUGCAGCAUGAAGGAUGUGGCUGAGCUGAGUGACAGGAAGUAGCAGCUUGAGCAUGCUGUAGUGCAUGAGGAGACAGAGUCCAUCGGUGACUACAUCACCAUCUACCAGUUGCAGCGAGGAGUGAUGAAGCAACAAGCUCGAGAACGCGAGUUAGACCUUGCCAGCCUCCAUCAUGAAUGAGAGGAAAUGAAGCAAAACCACUCUGCAGGAUUUGAUAUCAAAGCUGGUGCAGGAAAAGGAAGCAGAUCAUGACCUUCAGCAGCUCGAGAAGAUAAGCAGCGUCCUUAAGAGUCCAGUUGCUAUCUUUAGCAGUGUUGGAACCAGUGAGUCUGAGACACCCACCAGCAGUGGAAAGGUGGCUGACGAGCACCUCAAGCACUCUGAAAAGGUGGAGCAACAACAAGAAACAGAAAAUUGCAUCCAUCAUUCUUUGCCUGAGGAGGGAAUUGAUGCUCUGUUGACCCUUCACACUGAUGUCCCUCAUGAGGAGGCAGAAUAUGAAUCCUACAGAACUUGCCCAUAGAAAGACCAAAACUGUUACUGCUGCCACACUGCCACCACUUCCACUGACACCAAAAGCCCAACUGUGCAGAGAAUCCUGGACCUCCGCAAUGAAAUGGAGUCCACCAGUCACCUGGAGCACUUUAGCCUCCAAAAGUUCCAUCCGUGUCCAUUGUGUUUGGGUAAACUUAUCACUGUAUAAGGGGACAAGUAUCAGUGUAUGGUUACUAUAUACUCAUUUGUACUUAAAGAUGUCAUGUCACAUCAUUCUCUCUCUCUCUCUCUCUCUCUCUCUCUCUCUCUCUCUCUCUCUCUCUCUCUCUCUCUCUCUCUCUCUCUCUCUCUCUCUCUCUCUCUCUCUCUCUCUCUCUCUCUCUCUCUCUCUCUCUCUCUCUCUCUCUCUCUCUCUCUCUCUCUCUUUCUUUCUUUCUUUCUUUCUUUUGUUGCAUAUUUUACUGCUUUGCAUUCCUCCCCACAGUAUUUUUUCAUCUACUUUAUGACUGCAGUAGUUUUAUCAUCCCAGUGUAUGCCGUAUCCACUCUGAAACUGUAAUUCACCAAUCAGCUCAAAUGUGUCUCUGUUUUGAUAAUCAUUAAUUUGUUUCAGCUACACAACCACUCUGAUAAGGGACAAAAUCUACUUCACCAGUCAUCUAUGUCAUACAGUCAUAUAUAUUCAUACAUAUGACAAAAUACUCUUCCUAAGACAUUUCUUAUUUUCUCUUCUCAAGUGACCUGUCCAUCUAUCUAAGGUACCACAUAACAUUUAAAACUUACAAUAUUGUGUUUAAUUCAUGAACACUUUUUUGUCUAUCUAUGGAGACUUGCGUAUAGACUUGAAAUGUAUUGGGAGUUUUCUUUAUCUCUCAUUCUAUACCUAACACCUGUUCCUAAGAAUCCCCAGGUGAUAGCCAUGGUGACUGGCUGGUCUCCUACUGAGUGGCUGGGGUUUUCCAAAAGUGAGGGUUGGUGUUCCAUACCAUACCAUGUGCCCUGUUUGUAUUCCUUCUUUGUCCUCUGUAUUAUAUUCUAUGUAAAGAUGGUGCUGGGGUGGGAUCUACUUCUUAUUCCCUAAAAGUGAUGAGGAGUGACACUGGGCAGCAUUGAUUUGCUCCUUAGAGAUGGCUGGGUUCCUGUGGAUGAGUGGGCCAUGCUGUGCUUUGUCAAGGAUGGUGUUUGGUAUUGUGAUGACUCUUGCCACAAUCAAGUGCCUCCCACAGAGUAGUGGAGUACCUAUGUAUGGUGUUGACCCAAGCUGUCCAGGUCUCAUCCAAUGCCUUAAUAUGAUUUAGAUGAUCAAAAUGGUUUAACUCACCAUUUAAUCAGCUGACUGAUUUGAAUGGAGAAGUAUGUAAUGUGUUGUAGCCUAACCAUCCCUGCCAGCAUGGUCAGAUUCUUGGUAGUAACCUGAAAUGCUCCUAGGUAGUGAGUAUCAUUGCACAUAAUGAUCUUUACUUUGUCAGUAAUUCAAUGAUACUGAAUAUUACUCUACUGGAUUUUGCUCAGCACUGCUUGGUAACUUUUGGCCAUAAUCCCAGGUCUGGAAUGAUAUGAAGCCAUGUUUUUACAUUCCAUAUGAGACAGGCAAGCACUAUGCUUUGCCUGACUGAUACCUGUACUUUACAUUUAUGACCCCAGGUAGUUCAUCACUCUCUCUCUCUCUCUCUCUCUCUCUCUCUCUCUCUCUCUGUUUGAAAUUAUACUGUAUAUUAGGAAAUAUCAUUAAAGAGUGUGUGUGUAAAAAGUGUUUGCAUUAUUGUGCAUUUGAUGUUAUAGCCCCAGGUUCUUAAAGUUUUCUAGUUUCAUGAUUUAUAAAGAUUGCUAUUUUUAAUAAAGUUAUUGAAAUUGUUA